CCUGCCCCACGGUCGUGUCCCCCCGCCUCCCUUCUCAAUCUGCGCGCUCUGGGGGACGUCAAUUGUCGCCCCCUCUCGAAAAGAUCAGUGCUCAACCGGCAGGACCCUCACCCAAAAAUCCGUUGCGCCUCGCCGCCGACUUGCUCUAUCGGUGAACGAGAAAGCAUUGAGGCUCCAAUGUCAUCCCCAACAACACCAGAGCGUCACCGUCACCAGGAGCGCCAGCAAGCGCGCAAUCGUAUCAACGUUCUAGAGACCCCCCAGCAUCGACGCACACCCCACACACCUCAAUUGACGCCGGUUCACAGCCAGGGCCAGCAGUAUCUCUUAGACAGGCCCCUGGCGCAACGACUUCGCGCAGUCGAGGCGAUAACCCCGGACUCUCUCCCCUCGAGAGGGCGCGCAGGCCGGAGGCGUACGCGGAGCAGGGAUCAUGCGCAAGAGCAGAGCAGCGGAAGGGGAACAGCGGCCAGGAGCGAUGGCGCCGCCCAGCAGCAAGAUGCGCCCCCGGCAAAUGACGCGGCACCUGCACCGUCAAGGAGAGGACGCGGAAGUCGGGGCCGUGGGCGCGGCGGGGGGAGAGCUGGCCGCGGGCGGCGCGGAAGGGGUGAUGCGCAUGCACCGGGUGGUGCUCAGCGCACUACACCGCCGCCUUCGUCUGGAAUACCCACUGCGGCGAAUCGGUCAACUCCCACUUCAACACCACAGCGUCAGCGCGACCAGGAGCGUCAAAACGCUCGCGAGAGGACAAACAUCCUCACAACCCCCGAGCACCGCCGCAUGCCUCCAGCAUCCAUCCUCACGCCCAUCCGCAUCGACGGACCAUUCCCUGACCCGCUCGAGCUGCGGGAGAACACGCGCGCUCGCGAUGAUCAUUCGGCGCGGUCGCGUUCUCCCUCCGACCAUGGCAGUGUCGUGUCGCGCAAUGAAUCACCUGACCACAACAUGGAUGGUGUCCCGCCACCGCUGCUACGUCGCCUGCCCCUUGCUCGGCGGCCCGUUGCGAACGAGAAUGCGCACCUCUACCUUCCCCUUGACCUCGGGGAGAUGACGGCGAAGUGCACGUUCUGCAACGCUCUGCACUGGCUUGCAGAGCGUCUGAAGAAAUCCCGCAUCAACCUCCCUCAAUUCGGCACCUGCUGCUUGAGCGGAAAAGUGCAGAUUCCGCUUCUCGCUGCCCCUCCCGACGACCUCUACACGCUCUUCUAUGCAGUGUCCGACAGUGGGGCUUCGGAGGUGGACCGGCAGCGCAGUCGGCACUUCCUGCAGAAGGUGCGCAGAUACAACGCUGCAUUUGCGUUCGCGUCCCUCGGUGUGAGCACAUCCCGCAUCCCGGGCCGUGGAGUGCAGCAGUUCACCAUCCGUGGUGAGCUCUUUCACGAGCUGGGUGCUGUGCUCCCAGGCGAGGAUCCAUCGCGACGGCCGAAGUACGCCCAGCUCUACUUCAUGGCCCCCGAUGAUGCCUGCGAGCAGCGAUACCAGAACAACCUGACGCAUGGGUUGCGCACCGAGAUUCUGCAGAUAAUCCAGGAUGUUCUGCUGCGAUGUAACGGGUACAUUGACAUAUACAAGCUUGCUGUUGAGCGCUUGCGUGACUCCGGCCGAGCUCCGUCCCACUUCGCACGUCUCGACUUCCGACCAGGAUCUGACCAGCGCCGCUACAACUUGCCAACUGCAGCCGAGCUGGCAGUGGUCCUAGAGGACAGCAAGGAUCACAAUGCACGCCGAGACAUUAUGAUUGAGCUGCGCCGUGGUGGGCGCAAACAUCGCAUCUACGACACCCACCCUGCCUACCAGCCCCUCCUCUACGUGCUCCUGUUCCCUCGCGGAGAGCAUGGCUACCACGAAAACAUCCCCUUGACAAACCCUACAACUGGAGAGGCUAUCCCACUCAGGGCCAGGGUAGAGGAGGACGAGGACGAGGAAGGAGCAGAUGAAGGUGAUGAGGAGGGGGCAGGCCACGAUAGCGGAAACAAGCGGGGGAAACAGACCCGUGUUACCCCCAUGGAGUUCUUCGCAUUCCGCCUUCACCGUCGCCUCGAUGAGUCGGACCACAUCUUUCGUGCGAAGAUGCUGUUCCAGCAGUACAUUGUGGACGGGUGGGCACAGACCGAGCAGACACGGCUUCGAUGGGCACGGGGCCAUCAGCCGCAAUUGCGGGCUGACGUCUACCGGGGGUUGGCAGAUGCCGUAUCGAGCAAUGCCGACGUCAAUCCCCAGUCGGUCGGCCAGCGCUGUGUCCUUCCGUCGUCCUUCGUUGGCAGCUGGCGCAACAUGUUCCAACUCUAUCAGGACUCCAUGGCUGUUGCACGAUUCUUUGGUCGUCCUGAUUACUUCUUGACGAUCACCUGCAAUCCUCAGUGGCCUGAGAUCCAGAAGGAGGUUGAGAAGAUGGGGCCUGGAUUUGAUGUUACGGACCGGCCUGAUUUGGUCUCUCGAGUCUUUCGUGAAAAGGUGAGCUGGGUUGUUUCGAGUUGCUCUCUGAAUUGCUGA